AUGAAUAUAUUAAAAUUUACCCCAUUCAACUCAUCGGUCGAUGCGUCAUUCUGGCAAUCACUGGUCGAAAAGAAGCUGAACGUGCUCAAAUUAUCAUCAGAGUCCCAAGCCAUUCGAGGCUAUUAUACGCAUGCAACCACAGCAACGAAUGAGAAGAAUGAAACGAUCAAUAUUCCAGGUCGAUUCCAUAUUCCUGCAGACGGAUUGGAAGAGGAAACUCAUAUAAAGAUGGGGUAUUUUGGCUAUAAGGGAACAUUGGUCAAUACAAAUACUAUCGAGGAAUUUCGCACGACUGAUAAGAACCAAUUGUUUCAACAAGUAACAGAAAAGAUACAAAAUGCAGUUCAAACAGGUCAAGCACUGCAAAAUCCAAGCACGCUGGGCAGUUUUCUGCUGCUCACAUUUGCUGAUUUGAAAAAAUACAAAUUUUAUUAUUGGUUUGGAUUCCCUGCUUUCAUGCCAAGUGAACCAUGGGCACUGUUGCAUAAACAAGACUCGAUUGACGCUGAUUUACUCGCCUCAUUGAAGAGCAUGGAUCAUCAUUGGCCAUUUUUCACUAUCAAGAAUAAUCAACAUGUGCUACCGCUGAGCGAGUUUGAUAACAAAGAUUGUAUCAUUGGAUUUGUGGAUCCUGCUUCAUCGACUGAUGCACCUGGCUGGCCGCUGAGAAAUUUGCUGUAUCUUGUAGUCAAAUCCUUCAAUAUACGAAGAGUCUCUGUACUCUGUUGGCGUCAACAUCAGCCAGACACUUCUUUUAUUAUCAAGGUGGAGUUACCGGAAUCAGCAUCUUAUGACAGCUUGAAAUCUGUGGGGUGGGAACGAAACGUGCAAGGCAAACUUGGUCCCAGAAUGGCAGACCUGGGCCCGUUGAUGGAUCCUACGAGACUAGCCGAUACGUCUGUAGACCUCAAUCUGAAAUUAAUGAGGUGGCGCUUGAUGCCUGAUCUUGAUUUAGAAAAGAUUAAGCAAACAAAAUGUUUACUGCUCGGUGCGGGAACUCUUGGAUGCUAUGUAGCAAGAUGUUUGAUUGGAUGGGGCGUGCGCCAUAUAUCCUUUGUCGAUAACGGAAAAGUAUCGUUCUCCAAUCCUGUUCGCCAGCCGUUGUAUCAUUUCGAAGAUUCAUUGAAUGGUGGUGCCCUGAAAGCUAAAUCUGCAGCAAAAAACCUUAAAUUAAUUCAGCCUACUAUCGUAUCAGAAGGUUACGACUUAUCUAUACCUAUGCCUGGUCACUAUGCACAAACUUCGGAUGAACAGCUCUCUCAAGAUAUCGAUAAACUGAGUCAAUUAGUAUCAGAUCAUGACGUUGUAUUCUUAUUAACUGAUAGCAGAGAAAGCCGAUGGUUUCCUACCGUAUUAGCGGCAAAGCACAACAAGAUGGUCAUCAAUAGUGCCUUGGGAUUUGACACAUACCUCGUCAUGAGACACGGUGCACGUCAACAUCAACAGCAAAACGAAUUGGGUUGUUACUUUUGUAAUGAUAUUGUUGCACCUACAGAUUCCCUUACAGAUCGCACCUUGGAUCAACAAUGCACUGUUACCAGACCAGGCUUAGCGGCUAUCGCUGGUGCUCUGGCGGUUGAACUUAUGGUAUCAUUGCUACAACAUCCAGAUGGGAUCAAUGCAAGAGCUGAUACGUCUAAUAACCAAACUCAAUCCUCUGGUUCUAUUCUGGGUUUGCUUCCACAUCAGAUACGAGGCUUUCUUGGGCAAUUUAGCAACAUGUUGAUAGUGGGACAAGCAUAUGAAAAGUGUACAGCGUGCUCAGAAAAGAUCCUGAAUGCGUAUGAUGAAAAUCAUCUGAGUUUUGUCAAACAAGUGCUCAAAGACCCACUGUAUUUGGAAGAAAUUACGGGAUUAGCAGCCAUGAAAAAAGAAAGCGAAUCUCUGUUAGAUGAUUGGGAUAUUGAAAAUGACGAUGAGGAUGAUUUUUAA